AUGGGGACGGCACACGCCACGACGACGGCAGCUGAGAUGGCAGUCUCUACUAUCCUAAGUAGUGCUCCACCAGACGACCGACGAGCUAGCUCCACGAACGUGGAACUUCGGACGGACCACACCCAACAAUUUGCUGUGGUUGAGCUUAGGAUGAUUUUACCUGAUUCCUCACUAACGCCUCCAAUUAGGCCACGUCGAUCCCCGCCACCGGAUCGCAAAAGGGGCAUCAGCUCAUCACCCGAGAAGAUAGGUUCACCUGGGGCGAUUGUGCCGUACAUGCACAACGCGACUCAAUCAAAAAAGGGACGUGUUGGGUCGGUACCCUCGACGAUACAAGAUAAAGACGAAGGAUACGAAAGCAUAGAUCGGGGAGAUUGGGCCUCUGCAUGGGAGAUUCUGGAAGCGAACUGGCCAAAUGCCAAGAAGAUUUCUUUCCCCAGUGCGGAUAGCCCUACUACGGAGUGGCAACAAGUUGCCCGACAUGCACCGGACCAUUUACUCUAG